CAGUCCUCUUGUCAGAAGUCUACAGAAGUUUUCUGCAAACUAAAGUCAUCCUUCCACGAUGAGUCUCACUGCCAAAGACAAAGCUGCCGUCACAGCCCUUUGGGCUAAGGUCUCAGGAAAAGCUGACGAGAUCGGACAUGAUGCUCUUUCUAGGAUGCUGGCGGUCUACCCACAGACCAAAACCUAUUUCUCUCACUGGAAAGACCUGAGCCCCGGCUCUGCUCCAGUGAAGAAGCACGGGAAGACUGUGAUGGGUGGCGUUGGUGAGGCUGUCAGCAAAAUCGAUGAUCUUACUUCUGGACUUCUGAACCUCAGCGAGCUUCAUGCUUUCCAGCUGCGAGUUGAUCCCGCCAAUUUCAAGAUUCUGUCCCACAACAUACUCGUGGUUCUGGCCAUUCUGUUCCCCACCGAUUUCACUCCUGAGGCCCAUGUUGCUAUGGACAAGUUCCUCUCUGCUUUGUCUCUGGCUCUGGCCGAGAAGUACAGAUGAGCGCGCGUGGUUGUUCAAGACCAGACGGAUGCCUGUAUAAACAUUCUGUCUUAUUAUGAUGCAAUAAACGAGUAUGAAAAACUUUAACUAAA